GUUUCACAUUUAACCAUUGCUCUGACAGAGGAAGAUAACAUUUCAGCUGACAAGAAAAAUGGCUGUUUGGUUUCCUGCAAGUCAGUUGCUCCUCAUUGCACUGUUAUGUUGGAAUGUCCAUUGCUUCCCUGCUAAAAAAGGCUGGGGCCAGCAUAAUCCUUAUGAGGGCAGUUUCUCUAGCUCAGAGAUGCUUCCUGUCUUCCGUUAUAGUUCAUCCCCAGGGGCCCCAGCACACCCUACCAAUGUGAAUCACCCUGCUGUCUCAUUCCUCCAUGAACCAGUGGAGAGGGGAGUGUAUACUAGUCCUGAAACUGAUCCAGGAAGUUCUAGUGCAACUACAGACACUUCCAGUGGGGCUUCAUGGAUUGUGGCUCCUAGUUGGGGUCCUGUGGAAGAAUCUGUAACUGCCCACAGUGUGUCCAGAACAUCUCAGCCCGGACCUAACAUUGGCCUUCCUCCCCCUCCACCUUUGUAUCAGGCAGGUGAGCUUGAGCACUAUGAAGAGCGCUUCGAGCAUGGCAACAUGGAAAGGGAAACUGAAGAUCUAAACAUUGUGCCACCACCACCACCGGUUCCUCCAUAUCCGGGACCUGACUUCCAAGCUGGUGAGCUGAGUCAUUAUGAAUCCAUUUAUGAGCAUGGAAAUGAGGAGAGGGAAACGGAGGAGGAAGGCUUCAGGCCACUACCUCCCUAUACCUCAUCUGUGAAGAGAGCUGAGGAGUGGCCAGCUGCGUCCACAUCUGACAGCCAUUUGCAGUCAGUUCCACCAGGCCUCGGACGAGUCGGACCAAGCCAGUACUACCCCUUCUUGACUGGUCAGCUCCCUCCUGGCACAGUCUUUCACUCCCAGUCAGACUACGAAACUGGAAGUAACAACUGGGAUGAAGUCCAUUAUGAGAGAUAUCACUUCCCGAUUGCUCUAAGUCCAGUCAUCUCCACUCAGACCCAGGAGGUUCCCAGUGAUGAACUCUGGCAGCUGCCAAAAGGCCAUGCCAAAUCUUGAACAGGACUAUAGGCCUUUCAAACAAGCAGAUCAGGAAAAGGGUAACUGCAGUAGUUCUUGCAGUUUAUUCUAAAAUGUAUAUCUUGG